UUUCGAUAUAAAGCAUCAAUUACACAUUACCACACUAUUAUUCUUCUUCCUUCUUCUUCUUCUACUCCUUUUCAAAUCAAUUCAAACAUAUUCCCUCCUCCUUUAUACCCAUGAGCUACUACGACCACCAACAGCCACCCGUCGGGGCUCCCCCGCCGCAAGGGUUCCCUCCCAAGGAUGCUUACCCUCCGCCAGGGUACCCUGUCCAAGGCUACCCUGCAGCUCAAGGGUAUCCUCCGCCACCACCCCCACCGCCGGGGUAUGCCCCACAGUAUAGUCAACCUCCUCCCAAGAAUGAAACAACUGGUUGCCUUGAAGGAUGUUUAGCAGCACUUUGUUGUUGUUGUCUAUUGGAUGCUUGCUUCUAACAACGUCAGGAUCAUUGGGACUAUAUGAUCAAAGUUUAUAUAUGUACUUACAAUAUAAUGUUCCAAUGUCACAUUAUUGUAGUAUAUGACAAUCAUCACAUGUAACUUUGUUACCCUUAAUAACUUAUGUUGUUUAGAAAACAAUAUAUUCAAAUUAACUGCUUGCCUUUUUCUCUUUGUU